UAAUCUGUAAAAACAUCGAUCUCCACUUCCUCCCAGAGCUGCUACUGGCGGCUGAAGAAAUGCAAAACAACCAAUCAGAGCCAGGAGGCGGGGCUGGCAUUUCCUGCUCUUUUUAAAAAGCUCCUCCCUGACCUGCAUUCAGGUGAGUCAGGAAGUAAAACUGCUGAUUUCCUUAUCAGAGACGUUGGAAUAAACCAACAGAAGACAAAAACCUCGACUUUGAGAUCAAAUUCAAGAGUUUCUCUUGAAGGAUGAUGAAAUGCUUCAAGGAACACCAGGGAUGCUGCAGGUGGUAACAAAACGGAUCGGCUGCAGGCAGGAGAACAAGAACUAGAAGAUUUAUUCAAAAGUGAAACUGUCUGCGUAGUUCAGAGGAACGUCUAGAGUCAUGGCUUCACACCAAAGGGAAGAGCUUCUGUGCCCAAUUUGCCAGAACAUUUUUGAGAUUCCAGUAACUCUGACAUGUGAGCACAGCUUCUGUGUCUCCUGUUUAAAGACAAACUGGGAAGAGAGAGAAACCACUGCGUGUCCAGUUUGUAAGAGAAGGUCAUCAAAGACAGCACCUCCAUGUGACUUUGCUCUGAAGAUGGCGUGUGACGAGGUGAGAGCUUCAGGCUCUGAGCCGCUCUGCAGUCUGCAUGCAGAAACACUCAGCUUGUUCUGUGUGGAUGAGCAGCAGCUGCUGUGCCGCGUCUGCAGGGAGUCAGAGACGCACAGCGAGCACAAGCUCCAGCUCGCCGAAGAGGCCGGACAGCAGGCCAAGAAAACCCUGCAGGAUUCCCUGAAGCCCUUAAGAAAGAGGAUGAGGCUCAUCCAUGAAGUGAAGGGAAACUGUGAUCAAACUGCAGGUCACAUCAAAACUCAGGCUGAAGCUACAGAGAGGAAGAUCAAAGAGCAGUUUAAGAGGCUUCACCAGUUUCUGGAGGAAGAGGAGGAGGCCAGGCUGAAUGCACUGUGGGAGGAAGAGGAGCAGAAGAGUCACAUGAUGGCGGAGAAGAUCAGAGCGCUGAGCAAAGAAAUCUCAGAUCUGUCAGGAAUAAUUAAAACCACAGAGCAUGAACUGAGAGCAAAAAAUGUCCAGUUUCUGCUGAAUUACAAAGAAACGGUGGAGAGAAUCCAGCAGCAGCCGGUUCCUGAUGAUCCGGAGCUGAUCUCAGGAACGCUGAUCGAUGAGGCCAGAUAUCUGGGAAACCUGAGCUUCAACGUCUGGAGCAAGAUGAAGGACAUGAUCUCCUUCACUCCUGUCGUCCUGGAUCCAAACACAGCCCAUCCAGACCUCACUCUGUCCGACGAUCUGACCAGUCUGACUCAGGGCAUGGGAAAACAGGAACUUCCUGACAAUCCAGAGAGGAUCAACCACUUCAUUUCUGUCGUUGGCUCGAAGAGUUUCACCUCAGGAUGUCACAGCUGGGAGGUGGAGGUAGGAGAAAACGAUGCCUACUUUCUGGGUGUGCUAGCGGGGUCGGCUGUGAGGAAAGGCGUCAUCUGGUCCGGACUGUGGAGGCUCAUGUUCUGCAAAGGAGAAUACAAAACACUUUCCCCAACAGAUCCGGGAUCUGACGUCUCUAUGAAGGGAAACCCAAGAAGGAUCCGGCUUUUCCUGGACUAUGAUGGAGGACGGCUGUCGUUUUCAGAUGCAGAAACUGGAACGCACAUACACACCUUCACACACACUUUCACCGACAGGUUGUUUCCAUACAUCAGCACCUGGAGCGGGGUCACAAUAAAGAUCGCAGCGCAGAAAAUCACUGCUGCAGUGGAAGAGCAUCAUUAGAAACUCUGCUUUCCUGCACUUCCUGCAACAGUGUCUUCUUUUUUAGCUGUCAGAUAAUGUUUCCUCACUAAAUGGUGAAACAUUCUGAGCAAAGAAAGGUGAAUAUAGACAAUGAAUGUACGUUAUUAAUGAAAAGUUUAAUAGCUCAUGCUCUCAGAGUAACUCUUAUGAUUUUUACUUUAUUAUGAAGGAAUGUCCAGGGAUUGUAAUAGUUUUUACUUCUUUCAUUUUUAAUUAUUUUAUGAAGGUGUUUCUAAUUGGUCAGUGUAAAAAAAUCUGAUUCUACUUGGAGAAUGACUUUGGCCAGCUGUAAAAAUGAAGACAGCAAAACCAACUAAUUGUAACAAA